CAUCGGAGCCAGCGUGGUCCUGAGGCGUGCAAAAAGUGCUCUUCAAUUAAAGCCAGUGAUUGUAACUUCAUAGGAACAACUUCUGAAAUUAGGAAUGGAUUUGUCGGUAGCAACGAUUCUCGAGGGAAGUUGGAUUAUCCCGAGUCUGCGGGCGGCCGAGGUGGCAUGGUUCGCUUUGAUUUGCCUCGCCAUAGUCCUGGGUGCCAAGUACUUCGUGGGUACCAAGAAGUUCGGGCGUUUUCCACCCGGACCGAGGGGGUUACCGUUGGUCGGGAAUAUUUUCGACCUGAAACGAUUGGUGAGAGACACGAAAUUCCACUACAGAGCCUGGAACCGACUGGCAGAGUUGUACGGACCGGUCGUCGGUAUUAGACUCGGUUUCUCAGACCCGAUAAUCAUCGUCUCGGGUAAGGAGGCAGUGACGGAAAUGCUCAAUAGAGAAGAGUUCGAUGGACGACCAGACGGGUUCUUGUUUCGUCAUAGGACAUUCGGUGCUCGAAGAGGAAUUAUAUUCACCGAUGGCACGACGUGGAAGGAGCAGAGAAGAUUCUCCCUUAAGAACCUCCGAGACUUUGGAUUCGGACGUAAAACGAUGGAAGACAUAAUUUUGAACGAGGCUGUCACGCUAGCCAGGAUAAUCGAAGAGAAAUCGAACGAUGGACCGAUUCGGAAUGUAGAUAGAAUAGCGACAGUCGCUGUUCUCAACAGUCUCUGGUAUCUCACCGCCAACACAAGGUAUGAUCAGGAAAAGGAGGAUGCUGGAUUGACGGAAAUCGUUCAAAUAAUAAGCGACCUUGUGAAGGACUGUGACGUGUCGGGUGGAGUUCUCAAUUACUUUCCAUUCCUCAGAUACAUUGUCCCAGGUCUUUCCGGCUAUAAAUCGAGGAACGAUCGUCAGAUGCGAGUCUGGCACUUCUUUAGAAAUCUCGUCGAUCAGCAUAAGACUUCGGUGAAUUUCCACCACGGCCAUAGAGACCUGAUCGAUGCUUAUCUGUCGGAGAUUGAACUCCAGAAAUUUAACUCGUCCUCUUCUUUCAAUGAACUUCAACUUAUCGCUCUCUUGAAGGACCUUUUCACCGCUGGAAUCGAGACCACGAAUAACAGCAUCGGAUUCGUGCUUCUUUACCUGAUCGCUAAUCCAUACGUCCAGCAGAAGAUACACGAGGAAAUCGAUCGGGUACUUGGCAGAAACGCACUACCGUCGAUCCAGACAAGAAGCAGAAUGCCGUACCUGAACGCCACGGUGAUGGAAGUUUCCAGACUGGCGAACGUUGGCCCAACGACAAUUCCACACCGAGCAACUGCCGACGCGAAGUUCAUGGGCUUCGACAUCAAGAAGAAUUACAUUCUCUUAGCCAAUUUGCACAGUAUCCACAUGGACCGGGGUCAUUGGGGGGACCCUAAGACUUUCAGGCCAGAACGUUUUCUCGACGAAAACGGGCACUUGGUUAAGGACCCGUGGAUGAUCACGUUCGGAGCAGGGCGCAGAAAAUGUCCGGGAGAAAACCUCGCCAAGAACAGUCAAUUCCUAUUCCUCUGCUGCCUCCUGCAGAAGCUGCGGUUUGAAUUACCUCCUGGAGAAGCGGCACCUUGUUUGGACGGAAUAAACGGGUUCACAAUAUCGCCUCCGAACUUCAACGCCGUGGCUGUGGCACGUUGAGAUGAGUACUUUCCGGACAGUGUGCAAUAAUAGACAUACCGUGAUCACAGUACGGAUCGAUUGAUCGUUAAAUUUUAAAUUAUAUUAUUCCCAGAAUGAAAAGCCUCGGCUCAAGCUCAAUGAAAUCUGAUUCACUUCCGACUAGUCUUACUGACCAAUUACUGGACGGGAAAUCGAGUGGUGUGCAGCCAUGAGUGCAGGCGAUUCAUAUUUACCCACCAUUCGACAUCUUACUAAUUAGCAUACUGCACGUAUUGUAGCGAUUCCACGAGCUGUGAACAGCGACUUUUCAUUUCUUAUUUGCAAUUCAAAAUAACUGCAGAUUUAUUGACAAUCGUUAAUAAAUGGGCAUUUAUCUCGAAUGUCUCGCGAAGGACGGUGCGCGUGUAAUGAAAUUUAAAUAUAGUUUUCUCACGCGUUACUCGAUCCGCGAUACGUGAGACAAGAAGCAAUUAAGCUUGUCAUUCGUGAUUGACACUUAUGCUAAUUUCCCCGUCUUAGCGACACGUCAACUGUUGCCAUGAAUGUAUUUUAUUUUGUA